GAAUCCCCAACACCUAUGAGUCUCAGCUAGCUAGCUGCCAGCAUCCCUAAAGCUCUUUCAAACACCUCAGGCACAAAUAGCAUCAUUCUUUCUCCUCAUUCUUUUUGAAAAACAAGGAACCUCAAACUCCUUUGCUGCAAGUGUCAUUUGUUCCAUUUCACAUUCGUUCGUCCAAAUAUUGUUAAUUGUUGACUGUUGACCAGCCACCGGUUUCUUUCCACUUCAUAGCUCUAAUUCUCUAAAACAGUCAGCCUUCACGUUCUUACAGCCAAACCCCCCUGGAUGACACAGUCAUCUAUGAUAUCUGUGAGAGACUGUCAUGAUGUCAUUAUGUCAUUAGGUACAGUUCCCAUUCAGUACAUACAUGUAGAUCUAUCUCAGUAUGCCAAUACUCACGACAGCAUGACAGCAUGCACUGAAGCAAAGCUGACAAAAGACAAGAACAAGUGAUAAUGAAGACUUUGUUGGAGCUGGUGUAUCAUGAUGUGAUGGUGGUACCUUUAUUAUUGUUGGUGUUGACAUGCAUAUUAUGCGUACUCCCUUGUGAGUCGGCACGUGUCCAUUUUGCGUGUGAUGCGUGCAUUGCCCGUCCCGACUACCGCCUGCAAGCGUUGGUUCACGGGAGAGACGCGGAUCCCUUUUGGCGGCAAUUUCGUGCCGCCUCUCUUCAAGCAGCUGCGGAUAUGAAGGUUCACUUGGACAUGCCACUCCUGCCUGAUGACAUCCAUAAGAAUUCCUCGCUUGCCCAUGCGCAAUUGGCCAGAGACAUUCGUCAAGCCGUGGAAGACGAUAUCAACGGUGCUCGUCGUACGGACGCUCUUUUGGUCACCAUUCCCGAUGAAGCUGUGGCCAAAGCAGCCUGGCAUGCCGUCCAGAAUGGCAUUCCUGUCUUUGCCUUUAACACAGGCUACCACUUACUCACUGAAGAGCAAAAGAAGUCUAGGGACAUUACUUUUUUUGCUCAAGAUGAACUGCUGGCCGGUCAACAAGCAGCACUCGAAUUUGUACGCCAAUUGCAAGCCAGCUCCAGUCUGUUGCAGCCAUUGAUAUCCAAAGCUCUCUUUAUCAAUCAUGAACCAGGUAAUCCUAGUAUCCAACUACGCUAUCAAGGCUUCGGGCUGGAACUGAAACAACACAAUCCAAAUGUCGUUGUGGAGGAGUUAAUCGUGCAGAAUCCAACCGACAUUGUCAACACAGUUACCUCAAUUCACGAUGCGUUGCAAGGGUGUACUCAAGCUAGUACAAGUACCCAUCAAGCAAUCCUCUUGGCGGGGACCAUGCUGCUCGAUGUCACAUUGGGGGCGUUGGAACAACACAAUUGUGUCAACAAUGACACACCUUCGGUGGGAGUCUUUGACACCAGUGACCUCGUCUUUUCCGCAAUACUACAGGGAAAGCUCGCAUUUGCCACUUCACAGCAACAGCAUUUGCAAGCAGUCUUACCCGUCAUUGCUGGAGCUCUCUAUGCUACCACAGGCAAACGCCCCACCAACCCAAUGCUAUACACUGGGCCGUACAUCGUUACAAAGGAAAAUAUGCCUACCGACACUCUACAAGUCUGUCAAAGCCAAGGCUUUCCAGUAUGUGACCAAUCACCAGACCAACGGGACGAACGGCAACCUGUUCGUAUGGACUCGGUCUUUGCCGAUAAAUAUGGCAAUGGACAACCAGAUAGACUCUGUCCAUGUACGGACCGAUCCAAAAUACGCAUUGGUGCCGUUCUUCAUGGAACUACUACCAAUGACUUUUGGAACAGUAUUCAAAAUUCGGCCGAGCAAGCAGCCAUAGACAUGAACGUGGCAUUGGACUUGGUACGCUUUCCACCGCAAGAAACAAAUGACAUCAAGUAUACCAAAAUGGCACUGGCUAUCAAAACAUUAUGUGAAUCGGGAGUCGAUGGUAUCUUUGUGUCCAUACCAUCUGAUAUUGUCGUUCCAUCCAUACAAUUGUGUCUGGACUUGAAGAUUCCUGUCAUUUCCACAAAUGCCGGUUCCCAUACAUCCAAACAAUUGGGACUUCUGUCCCAUGUGGGCCAACUCGAGUUCAAUGCCGGCCAUGGUGGUGGACAAAGGCUCCUGCAAAUGGGAAUGCAAGUCGGAUAUUGCCUCCAUCACAUCCCUGGCCAUGAUGGUCUAUACGAACGCUGCGCAGGAUUUGCGGCAGCUCUGAAUGCUACGGAUCAACACGGUGGAAUGAUCGAACUGCCACAAGAUUCGGAUGAGCUGUUCGUAUUGACAGUGGAAGAGGUGAUUGGAAAAGAUAUGGGGCCAGACAAUGACAAUUGGGAUGGUGUUGGUUUGCUCAUACUGGGUUCGGAAGCUCUCAGUGGGGCAUUGCAAGUACAGGCAAGGCACCCAGGAGUCAUGCUGGCAACCUUUGAUCUAGACGAUAGUAUUCUUCCCAUGUUAGAGGACAGCCGGCUUCUCUUUGCAAUUGAUCAGCAGCCCUAUCUACAAGGGUCCCUUCCAGUGCACCUUCUUGCAUAUCAAGCUUACACCAAGCAAACCUUGCUUACUACGGUUGUGGAAACCGGUCCUAGCUUUGUCACCUCUCCACCGUCACCCAACGAAGAAUUUUGCGAGUCCACUCAUUUCGAGGUUUGCAAGGUUGUUGACCUUGAAGAUCUCAAUUACAUCGACCCUGCGAUUAUACACUUGGGGUACGCUCUUUUGGGGAUAAUCGCGUUCAUGGCAAUUGGAUCUGCGUUUUGGCUGUGGUAUUAUCAAAACACAUCCCCGAUUGUGCGUGCUGGGCAGCCGCGCUUUCUCUUUUGCAUUGCUCUUGGAGCUUUGAUAUCGGGGCUUGCCAUCAUCCCAAUGAGCAUGCAGACAGACUACAGAAACAUCAAGAACUUUGGAACAGGUCGCAUACAGCAGGAAGAGAACCCAAGUAUCUCUGCUGCGGAUGCGGCAUGCAUGGCCGUUCCAUGGUUGUAUGGAAUGGGCUUUGUAUUGAUAUUCUCUGCCCUGUUUGCCAAGAUCUACCGAGUCAAGCUAGUUUACAAGGCUGGCCGGAAAAUGCUGCGGCGAAAGAUUGGAAUCUUGGAUGUCAUGGGACUGUUCAGCCUUUCCUUUGUCCCAGAAGUUGCAAUUUUACUCACGUGGCAACUGGUCUCGCCCUUUCGGUGGGAACGUGAAGUCCAUUUGCAAUCCAGUGGCGGAAUGGUUCUCGAAUCUGUUGGGGGGUGUACAUCUGACCAUGGGUGGCACUUUCUGCUGGCUCUCCUCUCAUUUCAUGUUCUGUGUUUGUUCUAUGCACUGGUUUUGUGCAUUCAAACCAAAGACAUCCCAACAGAAUUCUCAGAGAGCAACUGGGUCUCUCUUGCUGUUCUCUGCAUCUUUCAAGUUACCCUUUUGGCAAUCCCUGUUGGUGCAAUGGUGCUUGAGACGUCUUCACCCGAUGCGUUCUAUUUUGUCCGCGUCUUUUCUAUUUUCUUGCAGAAUGUCACGGUUUUGAGUUUAAUGUUUGGCCCCAAAAUGAUCAAAAUCAUUUCGAAGCAAGACGGACACCUCACGUCAGGUCAAAGUCGUAUUUCAGGUUUGGGUGACGCAAGCAGCUUCUAUACCGGUACACGCAGCGGCUAUUCAGCUUAUGAAGCCAGAAAAAGAUUUGAUCCUUAUGCACGCCCUUCUGGGAUCAGCGUAAGCUCUUUCCAAAUCAAAUCACAUGGAAUCGGUAAAACGGGUGGAGAACGUUGCCCCGCCAAGGAAGAAGCAAAAGCCGAGUUACAGCCCAAUGGCACGGAAGAUGUGACUGCCGACGUUUCCAAAAGACUUGUCGGCACUGCAGAUCAGAAGGGCAGCAGCAGGAAGCUUCGUCUUGGUGACAAGAGCGAGAACCCGAAACGUAGAAGAUCCACGAAGGUGUCUCUUGAAGACACUGCUUUGGUUGCUUUCAGCCGAAGUCUCAGAGGGAGUAGCAAGGUUUUGAAUCUUGGAGGCGCGGAGGAAGACAAUCUUGGAUGUGCGGGCGAGGACAGUGACAGUGACGACAAUAUUAGCAGCUGUUUUGACAUUGAGGACAGCUCGUUCUUCGAUGUGCAAGGAGGUGUACGGGGGCACUUUACUUGUCCUGCAUGUGAUCUACAGAUCGAAAAGAGGAGACUUUGGAGUUUGGCUGAAACAAAACGAAGAACAGUGGGAGAUGGUAGGAAUCUUUCUCGAGAGGAUGCUGACGGUACCAGGAGCAUGCACUGCCCCCAAUGCCUUGUUUUGAUUGAGAGGCGAGUUGUAUACUGCGUCCCGAGAGACGAGGACAACGGGUAUGCAGACCACAACCACGACGAGCAAGAAUCGCUGCUCAACAGGAAGGUGGAAUAUUUGUCAAAGCAAGUAAGCCAAAAUGAUUUAGACGUGAAAGAGAUUCAAAGAAAAACUGCUGAACUGGAAGUCAGAGAGCAAGAGCUUGAGAGUCAAUUGCAUUCACAAGUAGCUGCUCAGGUGGAGAAGUCACUGGCUUCCUUGGGUUGGUUCAAAAGACAUCACGAACCUUCUGAUGAACCUGAAGCAAAAGCAUCGGCAUUGGAAAGAACUGAUGCACUAUUGGAUGCCUACGUCAGCAGUUCUGAUGAUCAUGACGAUUCAUCCUCGUCGUCUAGUAGAGGUGAUGAGUCCGCUGAUGAAGUUUCGAAUGCAAACGCAUCGGAAGAUUGUACGAAGCGUAAUCCAAGCAGUGCUGGUGGAUCCGCUGUUGGCGCGAUAUUGGGUGUUGAUGGCGUCUGA